GCUGCCUUGAAAUGCAACUCCACCCCUGGAAUGUUCCUGCUGGGAUAUUCUUCCUUCCUCCUCCUCCUGCCUUUCCACCGCCUUGUUGUUGUCCUCCUCUUCGCUCAAGGAAUGCCAAAAGGAUCUCUGAUGCUUUGAUGGCCUUUCCUCCUGGAAAGGGGAAUUUCGGUGCAGCAGAUGGAGGGACCUGGAAAAGGCCUGUGAAGAAGAGAAGGAUUCCCCGAACAAACUCUGCUAAAAGAAAUUAACAAAGAUGAACUGGUCUGGUUUGGAAGAUCUCCUGGGUGGAGUGAACAAAUACUCCACAGCGUUUGGGCGUAUUUGGCUGUCAGUAGUCUUUAUCUUCCGGCUUCUCGUCUACUUAGUGGCAGCAGAGAAAGUCUGGGGAGAUGACCACAAGGACUUUGACUGCAACACUGAGCAGCCAGGUUGUCCCAAUGUCUGCUAUGACUUUUACUUUCCAAUCUCUCACAUCCGACUCUGGGCCCUGCAACUCAUCCUCGUUACCUGUCCUUCCCUGUUGGUUGUUAUGCAUGUAGCCUAUCGGGAAGCCAAACUGAAGAAACGUUUACAGAAAUUUGGGAAUGACUUCAGACCACGGUAUCCUCCAGGCAAGAAGCGUGGGGGCUUGUGGUGGACCUACCUCUUCAGUCUUCUCUUCAAAUCUUUGGUGGACAUUGUGUUUCUGUUUAUCUUUUACCAUGUGUAUCCAAACUACAGGCUUCCUAAUCUAGUCAAAUGCUCCCUCCCACCUUGCCCCAAUCAAGUUGACUGCUACAUAGCCAGGCCAACCGAAAAGAACAUCUUCACUCUGUUCAUGAUCAUUACUGCCUGUGUUUGUGUCCUGCUUAGCCUCAUCGAAGCUUUGUACCUCAUUGGGAAAAGGUGUAAGGACAGCCUUCAGGACAGAAGUGAAAGUCACAGAAGAGCCAGUGGUGAAGUAUACUUCCUCCAAAGAGACAAGUGCUCCCUGUCACCAAGUAAACAGGACACAACUGAAGUAGAUGGACAGAUCUAUCAUGGAGCAGAAUAUAAGCCAGUCACCUCACCUCUCAUAAGCAGCUCCCAUUGUGGGGAGCCUUCAAAACUUGGGAAGCUGGAGUAAUUGCACAUCCAGGUAGAAUGAGGAGCUUGUGCAUGAUCCAUACAGCUUCACUCCAAUAUUAACACUUUCUGCUAGGCUGGAAAUGUGAGAAAUGGUGGAAGUUACGGGGGAUUAGGAAAAGGAAUGUUCAUCUAGCUUAGUCUGUUCAGGUUUUAAUAGCUACUGUAUAUUGCCAGGUAAACUGCUCCUGGUUUAUGUUCCAACCAGCCAGUAUGCCCUUCUUCAGAGUGGUCCAUUACAUUCCCCCUCUCAUCUGCCUUUCUGAUGUUUUUUUAUUCCAACCAUCACACUCAGCUCUCAUGAGUUUAGUUUUCUUCCCCAUCCCUUGGGCUUUUUCCCAACUCCAAAACAUUGCAAACCAUAGAACUCUACUGUCAGCUAAUUCUUGUGCAUGGUGUUACUGUUUCUUCUAUCCAAGCUCGGCUCUUUCCGGAAGAGAGAGAGAGAGAGAUUAAACUGCCAUAUCCAUUUGUUUUGAGUUGUUCAACUUAAUGCACCUCAAUUACUUAUCAACAUUGUUCUUUGUUCAUUUUCAAGCCCAGUCUAGUUUUUAUAAUAAUCUCACUAUCAAGGAAGGUAUUUGGUGAAAGUGGUACUGAGAUGUUUUUCCAAUCAAGAGAACUUAGAAAUGUAAAAUAAAACUUAAGACACAAUAGCUGAUGGAGGGAG